AUGUCUUCGAUCGAAAUCGGCGAGGCCAGCUGGCUCUACGUUCAACAAGGACGUGUUCUCGUCAUCCGUCAAGGCCCCUCAGCCACGAAAUGGGCUUCAAUCGUCGAAAUCGUCGACCAACAUAGAGUACUCGUCGAUGGUCCCUCCUCCAACAAAGAAUACGCCGCACCCCGACAAGUCCUCCCCAUCUCCGCAGUCACCCUCACCAAGAUCGUCAUCGACAAGCAGCCACGGUCCGUUGGCACUGGUGCGCUUCGCAAGCUCUGGGAGGCCCAAAACAUCGACGAGAAGAUCGCCGAUAACACACAUGCCAAGAAGCGCGUUCAACAACAAAAGCGAUCAAACCUGUCGGAUUUCGAGCGAUUCAAGGUCAUGCGGUUGAAGAAGCAGGCGAGAUUCGAGGUAAAGAAGGCGGCUGCUAAGAUCAAGGCUUCGGCAUAG